AUGACAGUCAGUGUAAAGUUUUCGCUAGACGGCGUUCUUAAAGUUGAUGACGUGGAGCAAACUAUCACCACUAAUGCUGUCUUUAAAGUUCAAUGGAUGGAUGAACUUUUAAAAUGGAAUCCCGAUAACUUUGGUGGUAUAGGCAUUAAAGUGACUGUCCGACUCACAUUGACCCGACGCCCGACAUUCAUACUUCUUAAUGUAUACCUACCAAUUAUUAUACUGUCGUUUUUGAAUGCUGCUGUGUUUGCUGUUCCAGUUGAUUCUGGUGAGAAGUUGAGCUAUGUUCUGACAGUACUUCUGUCUUUGGCUGUUUUUAUGAGUACUGUCAGCGGUAUGCUACCAACUACCUCGAAUCACACACCAUAUAUCACCAUCUAUCUAUCUUGUCUGAUCGUCAUCAGUACAUUAUCUGUCUUAAUGACACACAGUUUCAAAAUGUAA